GGGCUUGGUAACAAAGCAUUGUUUCAAAGUUUGAUGGAAGAAAAUGGCUGCUGUUUGCUUUACAUUGUGGAGGAUCAGCUGCCAGAUGUGGAACGUGCCUUCAAUACAGAAUUCCUGGCCAACACCAGGGUGCUACGGCAGCAGGAUGCCGACAUAGUGCUCAAUGAUCAACGUGUCUCUGGAGCCAUUGUCUGUUCACCACCUGAAGCAGCCUCAGAAAUUGUGAUAGAUGCUUUACGAGCAGGGAAAGGCGUGUUUUGCGAGAAGCUACCCAGUUUAGAUAGGCAGACAGCAGAGGCUUGUUUUGAUGAAGCUGACAGAUGUGGAAGACCAUUGGUCUGUGGAUUCUACAAGCGUUUUGAUCCAGCCCUGCAGUUCUUGUAUAAAAAAGUCCAUGACAGCCAGGCACUGGGGAGGAUUCAUCGGAUUUCGACAGUUAGCAGCAUAUAUCCAGCAGCAUCUCUUAGCUUCCUAAAAAAGUCAGGUGGGAUUUUCUAUAAUGCUGCUGUACAUGAUAUUGAUAUUAUCAGUUUGUUGCUGGGAGAAAGUGCACCAGAUACAAUAUUUUCACUGGGACAUGCAUUCUGUGCAGAUAUGGCCUACUUGAAGGAUGCAGACACUGUAGCAGUCAGCAUGAAAUUUCCUAGUGGAGCAAUUGUUACUUUGGACGUCAGUCAGCACUGUACUAAAAGCUGUGAUCAGAGACUAGAGGUUCAUGGUUCUCAAGGAACAUUACGGGUAGAUAAUCAGAAUCCCUUGGGAAUUACAGAACAUGGAACGUCUGUGUCCAUAUAUUCACAAACCCAGGCUGAUCGGUACAAAGAAGCAUACAGAGAACUCUUUAGACACUUCCUCAGAACCCUCAAAGGCAAAGAACCCCCUGUUAUCACCAAAGAGCAGUUUCUCUGGACGAUUCAGGUAGCUGCAGCUGCCGAGCAGUCUUGGAGGAACGGAUCUGCUGUUGACUUACGCAACGAAGCAAUAGAUGUGUCUCUAAUCAAGACUGAAAUCAUGUGACACACACUGCUGUUUGAAGUGAAGGCUGUUCCCUGAGCUCUGCUAAAGGGAGUGAAGUCUCUUCAUCUAGUGAGGUUUCCACUGUUGUCUUAAUACAAAACUAAACAACCUUGUUUAUAUUUUUUUAUUUUUUUUUACAUUUUCACUGGAAACACCUAUAACUCGGAUACCUUUUAGAACUACAUAAGUGUUCAGUACUAGUGUUACCGAUGAUUCUUAAGACAUCAUUCAGGACUCUGAGAAGAAAUUAUGGGAGGCUUUGUCUACAGUGGCAUUUCCUUUUUGAAGGAGUUAGUUUCGGGUUCUGGAAUACUGUUUUCCUGAUAGUGGAUUUCCCAGACACUAAUCAUGAUAAGAUAAUGACGUACUGACAACCAGCUGUUGUAGUGAAGACUGUGCAAUGAACAUCUUUAAUGGCAGCUUGAAAAUGAGGUGCAAUCAUGGUGUUCAAAAUGAGAGCAUCCAUUUGGACCAUACUGUACAUCUCAUUAGUAUAUGCAGGAAUGUGAUUUGUCUACUAAAUACCCCUCUUCUGAGUCCCCCAUCUAUAGAACUGUCCAUAUUGUUCUUAAUUCAUUGCUGUGGAUUUGAAAUAACGUAGCUGAGAAGUUGUGAGCAUCUAACUUUUUGAAAAUGAGCAGGCAGGGAGACUUCUUACCAACCUGGCUCUAGAGUGUAAUGAAAGAAACUUGGAAGGCAUGCUAUAAGUUGGACUGUUUCACAGAGCAAACCAUGCACUUGUUCAUUUCUAUAUGAACACUGCAUCACUGUUAAAAAAAAAAAUAAAGGUUUCUUUUAGAACAAAAUCGUGAAUCUCUAUACAGUAGCACUGUACAACAUCUGUUACGAAGAAACGUCACCUGGAUGCAACAAAGAGAGUGCGAUCUAUUGGCAGUUUUGUUUUCUUUGCUUGAAUCCAAAUUCAUGUUUCAGUGUUUCUUCAAUAGGGAAAUUAAAUAAUACCUGUUUUCCCUGAGUGGGGGAAGGGAAUAUGAUAUACAUGCUUUUUACAGUCCGCCAGAUUUGGAUUACACAUCACAGAAAAAGAUAGUGCCUUCCAUAACAGGCAAGUCUGUUUAAACCAGGUUAUUUGUAACUUUUUAUUCUUAUGUUGAGCAUAUUGAAAUUUAUAUAUUUGACUUUUUUAUUCUUGUUUGUAUUUCUCAUACCCUGGUUUUCAAGAUUUAAAAAAAGUUUUUUUUUAAUUGUAUUAAAAUAACAUUCUGUAUAUGUC